UCCUCCAGACCACACAAAGCACUAGCGUGCCGAUCAAUUUACCAAUUUAUUAGACGCUAAAAGUACAUUUUUGAAUCUUUUUUUGCGCGGAAUAUCAUUCCAGCGAUUCGCUAUUGAGAUUCAACGAGUGAACGCACGAUGCCUAAUCUCUGCUCGGCGCAGAACUGCUUCAGGAACAGCACGACCUCGGUGCUGGCUUUCUUCAGGUUUCCACGGGACCCGGAGAGAUGUAAGAAAUGGGUGGAAAACUGCAAUCGGUUCGACCUUAAAGACAAAUCACCUGAACAUCUAAACAGAUACCACAGACUGUGUGCCAGGCACUUUGAACCAAACCUGCUAUUCAAACCUAGCCCUUUCAGGACGGUACUGAAGAAUAAUGCGAUACCAACUAUAUUUGACGAUCCCUGCAGUAAACGGUCGAAGAAAAGUAAGAAAACAGAAAAUAAUGAUGCCCCUGGAGCAAAGAAGAGUAAAACGGAGUCCCAAGCUGAGGAAGCCAAUGUUAAUUAUGAGACUACGACCCAAGAGAUCAGUGAAAGUAACAAUGGUGAUGCGGCUGAGAGUGGCCCCCAGACUUAUGAUGAAGACAUGCUGAACAAAGAGUCUCUCAAGUCUCUGUUUGAUAUUGUUGUGAUGAUGGGCACGCAGAACAUCCCUCUGCAUGGGCACCCUGAAAAAGAGCCAGAAAGCAAAAGCUUCACUCCCAGCAACUUCCAGGCACUGUUGGAGUACCGCAUCAAUGCAGGUGAUGAAUUUCUCAGGAAGAAGUUUGAGAUGUCAGCCGUAAACGAGUACUGCUCUUCUACUCAGUUAGAGCAGAUACUGGAAGUGAGUGAUAAAUGUGUCCAUCAAGAGCUUUUAACUGAAAUUACAGAGGGUCGUUUCUUCUCAUUGGUUUUUGAUAACCUGGUUGAGAUCGUCAGAGAAAGCCAUCUCCCAUUGUUUGCACGCUUUGUGGACAAGAGCAACUGCCUUCAGGAAGCAUUUAUUGGGUUCUUGCUUUUUGAAGGUGAAGCGGAGGCCAUAACCGAGAGGCUUAUAUCUGAAGUGACAGAGAAAUGUGGCCUGGACAUGCAGUAUUGCAGAGGACUGGCAUAUUUGUGCUCUGGUGUGUCAGGUAUGAAGGUCAAAGCAGUGGCAGCCAGAAUCUCUGAGUUACACCCACUAGCGGUCCUCACCCCCAGCUCCAAUAGCUCUCUAAACAUCUGCUUGGCAAACAGUAUGAACUUCACAGGAGUGCAUCUUGUCAUGUCUACGCUGAAAAAGUUGGAUGUAUUUUUCAGUAAAUCGCCCUUAUUGCAGAAUCAAUUGGAAAAUGCCAUUUUGAUCUACUACCAAGGAAAUGAUGAGAAAACCAACGUUCUCAAGGAGGCAUGUUACUCCAAAUGGACAGAGCAGCAUGAUACAUUCGAAGUGGCCGUUGACCUUCUGGAGUCUCUCCUGCUCUGUAUGGAUAGUGUCCAUGACAAUGAAGAUCACAAAUGGAGCAAUAAAGUGGCACACAAUGCCUUUGUCAUAUCAGAGGCACUGGCUGAUUUUGAAUUUGUUAUGACGUUAGUUGUGUUGAAAAACACCUUGUCCUUCACCAGAGCCUUUGGCAAGAAUCUUCAAGGGCAAACGAAUGAGGUCUUCUUUGCAUCUAGCAGCCUAACUGCUGUUCUGCAUUCACUAAAUGAAGUGUUUGAGAAUGUUGAGGUCUACCAUGAAUUCUGGUUCGAAGAGGCUGUCAACCUGGCUGCAGCACUUGAAAUACCAGUAAAAAUACCCAGGCUGUACUUCAGAAAACGACCAACUUCUGGUGACGAAAUCCAACCCGAUGCCUACUUCAAAGAACACGUCACCAUUCCCGUAGUCACCCAUGUCAUCAAGGAGUUGUCUGACCUUUUUUCUGUAAAUCAUCUGAAGGCCUUGAAGUCCUUAUCAUUGGUCCCUGCCAUCAUGGGGCAGCUGAAGUUCAACACGGCAGAGGAGACCACUGCAGACAUUUAUAAGAAUGACCUGCCAAACCCAGACAACUUUCCUGCAGAGUUGCACUGCUGGAAGAUUAAAUGGAAACAUGGCACUAAAGAUGUUGUACUGCCAUCUACCAUCUAUGAGACACUUCAGCUGUCCGAUGUGAAGUUCUUUCCCAAUGUUUGUGUUCUACUGAAAGUCUUGUACAACCUGCCUGUCUUUGCUUUGACAAAUAGCCAAUACAGCACUGCAAAGCAGAGGCUGAAAGCAUACCUUGAAGAUACACCUGUGCAUCACAGAAAUAAGAGUCUGGCCCUGGUUAAUAUUAACUGUGGCAUUCAGCAUGAUUUGGACAUCAUGGUGGAGACAUACCUGAAAAUGUAUCCAGAUAGUGAGCCAACUGAGAAACAUGACUGAUUGCAUGAUUCAGUAGGCUAAUAUACACCGAUCAGCCACAACAUUAAAACCACAUGCCUAAUAUUGCAGAACUGCAGAUUACUGGAUGUUUUUUGUUUUUGGCACCAUUCGGAGUAAGUUCUACAGAAUUUUGUGAGUGUGAAAAUCCAAGGAGAUCAGCAGUUACAGAAAUACUCUAACCAGCCCUUCUGGCACCAAAAAUAAUCAAUGCAUUUAUUUAAUCAGCCAAUCGUUUGGCUGCAGUGCAUAAAAUAAUGCAGAUAUGGGUCAGUAUUUCUGUAACUGCUGAUCACCUGGGAUUUUCACGCACAACAGUUUUUAGAAUUUACUCAUAAUGGUUCCAAAAAAAAAAAACAUUCUAUGAGCAGCAGUUUUGUGGAUGAAAACACCUUGUUAAUGAGAGAGGCCAACAGAGAAUGGCCGUAUUGGUUUGAGCUGACAGAACAGCUACUCUAAAUCGGAUAACCAUUCUGUACAAUUGUGGUAAGAGGAAUAUCAUCUCAGAAUGCUAUUCUGAGAUGUGGGUUGGUGCUGUUUUGGUGGCACGAGGGGGGACCUACACAAUAUUAGGCAGGUGGUUUUAAUGUUGUGGUUGAUCGAGUAUAGCAGUAUGAUGAGAAGUUAUAAUUGUUGACUUGAGCUUUGUCUUACUGUCCCUCUAGUGUUCUUAAAAGUGUUACGUUUGAAUUGAUUUGCAAAAAAACUUUUAAUUACAAACUUCAUCAAUGUGUCUUCAAAUGUUUAAUAUUAUGUUGCAUGCUUUUUCUAAUACUAUGUCUUAUCAUAUUUAGCUAUCUUUGAUACAUUUUUGCAAAAAUAAAUGUGUAUAUUACUGGUGUCAUUCAAUAUUAAAUCAAUU